AUGAGACUCGCAGCAGUGACCGGACUGAGACCUGUUUUGAGGGUGCCGAGGGUGGCCCGAGUGGGCUGGAUGACGCGCCAGUUCCGUGCGGGCAGUCCUGUGUUCCACCACCCGCUCAAAAAGCCGAAUCCGGGCGAAGAGCUGCACAUCACAUUCAUCACCAAGGACGGAGCACAGAAGACGUUUGAGGUGGCCGAGGGCGACUCGAUCCUGGAUAUUGCCCAGGCCAACCACAUCGACAUGGAGGGCGCGUGCGGAGGCUCGUGCGCCUGCUCCACGUGCCACGUUAUCGUGGACCCCGAGUACUACGACUCGAUCCCAGAGCCGGACGACGACGAAAACGAUAUGCUCGACCUGGCGUUCGGUCUUACCGAAACAAGCAGACUCGGAUGCCAGGUGCACAUGACCAAGGAGCUCGACGGCGUGCGGGUGGCUCUGCCCGCCAUGACCAGAAACCUCCAGGUCGGUGAUUUUAAUUAG